AUGCAUGGUAAUUUUUUGGGGUGCUCUGACGACGGGUCCCGGGCCACCGGCUGUGCAGGGGGCUCCGGCGGAUGUUCUUCUGCACUGGGGCCCCCUGCGCGUACUACUGGCGCUGUUGCUGUGCGCAGCAGCGGCACCAUCACAGGUCAAUCGGAACGAUUCCCGUUGGGUAAAGAUUGCCAAGCGACGCCAAUAUCACAACCACAAAAAGCCUACCAGCACCAGGAGAGGUACCAAUAUAAUGAACGCUCUCCGUGCCUAUCAGCAUCUUCUACAAAUGCUAGCCGGUACUCUAGAUCCGGCAAUAACGAUAGGUACUCACAUGGUAGUCUGGAAAGAUACCAUGUUGCCGCUGUUUACUCACGUACUCCUACUCCGUCUUCGGAGAGGUACCACACUUUUGACAAGAAGUACCAUUUGCAGCAAAAUGAAGCAAUGGAGGCGACGGCGCAAGAGACUUGUGCGAUUGAAAGAUACACUCCGACUGAGCGACACAGACGGAACUCCAAAUCCGACAUUUACAAGAUUAGAGAGAGAUCGUCUAGCUCGGAUAGGAAAGAAAGACUACAAAGAGACCUUCAUCAGACCAGACCUCAAUAUGAGUCGACAGGUCAAUACGAAAGGCCAGCAACACCAUCAAUUUUGGCCUGUCCACCAGCGCCAGCACCAUUCGGUCCGGCGGCGCCAUCCGAACCACCCUCUCCGGCACCAGCGUGCGAUCGAUUUGUCGCACCCCCGCCUGCAGAAGGUGAACCCGAGUCCUCGGACUGUUACGCCCACGGCGCUUUCCCCAGUCCUGUGGCACCCGCAGCACAAGAAAGAUUCGCACCACCGCCUCCGCUACCCGCUCCAUCGCCUACAGAAGAACGACCCAGCAGUAAACAAAGAUAUCAUCAGGAAAAGUACAACUACAGCUCUUCACAUCAAUCACCUUCGGAUAGAUAUUAUCAAUAUAAACAGGAUAGGUAUCAAAUGCCUACCGGAACCAGUCCCACUCCAUCGAGUGGAUAUCAUCAGCCGGUGAACGAUGAUGAACAAAGAUUCAACGAAGGGCAGAGGUACAUACCACCAAACGCACAUAUGCCCGUUGAACGGUAUGUACCUCAACCCCAACCACAAGAAACUUUUUAUGGCUCGUAUCAACUGGCGUACGAGCGAUAUGCUAAACAAUACAAUGGCAGUGACCCUUACAUGCGAAGAGACUUAACCUAUCAUUAUAGAUUGCCUAUCCAAUUUAGUCAAAAUCAAUUUCAGAAAAUUAGAUACUUGGGCACACCGUCGCGAGCAAAAUGUUGUCAGUUUGAGAUGUCUCGUUCAAGUCCCGGUUCAAGUAGUAGUAAUAGUUCGGUAACCAGCGGUCAUACUUCCAGUCUGCAAGAAGACAUACAGUGCCAAAAUUACCAAGGAAACCAUGCUCAUUAUCAACAGGAAAAGGGUACCCAAUGUUCAGCCACCCCUUCCGUACCAGUUGGGCCAGGCCGAACCUCAGCUCUUAUUCCUUGUCGCCAUGGAGGCUGUGAAGGUGGAGUUGAAUACGUUGGCGCCAGUGGAGGUAGACGAGUAUGUGCAACGCCACCUCCUCGUCCUCAGGAACGGUGCGAGGGCUGCAUACAAGCUGCGGCACAGGCGGCAGCUGCAGCGGUCGCAGCUGUCCAAUUGUCGACACAGUCACAAACGUUGGAGAGGUCUACAGGGAGAGGACAGCAACAACAGGCGUGGCGAAAUUCCGCAUCAAAUGUUCAACAAUCUUCAAGCCAACCAAUACCGCAACAUCACUCUAUCUCAAGCGAUCAAUCUCAGAGUUCUUCUCAACUGACGCCGCGUCAUGUUCAAACUAGUAGAAGUCUGACACCGACGAAUCAAAGGUCCUUAACUCCAACUACUGUAUUAUCAAGUUCGGGAACGGAACAAUCGGGUAUUAGUUUAAGUGGAUCGAGUGAGGAUCGAAGAGAUAACUCUACUCCCAGACAACGUCUCAACCAAACCAUUGUAUCGACGAAUCAAACCUUAACACCUCAAGUAAACGUACCGACAAACCGAAAUGUUCAAAUCGCUCAUGCUUCUACCUCCAACAUACCAAAUAUACAAGCGCUACCUUUAUCGGCAAGUGGUAGCCAAACAUCUCAAAUUCCUACUCAAAAUUUACCGUCAUCAUCGGGCAAGUGUGGAAUUUCAGUCCAGAGAGCAAUAUCCAUGCCGACCUCUUCUGGCGAACAUUCAAGAAUCGGUCAAGACAAUCGAGCUGGAUUACAAAGGAGCGAGGCAUCAGAUAGACCCGCUGGAAAGAGGGUUAAUUACAGCCAAAGCGAGAGAACACCAAGGAGCAGACCACCGCUCAAUAGAUCCCUUAGUAAAAAAGAAAUGAUUAAAAACUAUAUUAAAAAGGAAACGGCAAAUUUCUUCGGCGUUGGUGAAAAUGAAGAUGAAGAGCAACAAAGAUGGUUGGAUAGAAGGAAAAGAAUGGCUUCGAGAACCAUGGGUCCCUUAAAGGAAGAGUACGCUACCUUAUCGUAUAGAACCCAGUCUCAAGUUCCGCAGCACAUCAGACACAGAAGAACGGCAUCGGAAGCAGCACCGAGAACUUCGGGAAUGUCCGGCCAACUGAUGUCCGGAGGGCGUCCUGACGUACUACCAGGUGAACAGGAGGAUAUUACCGACGGCUAUGAUAGAGUCGGUGGUACGGAAUUGAGAAGAAAAGACUCCGUAGCCAGAAUGACUUGGAAUGGCUUAAAUUAUGUGGUUACGACACUUACGAGGCAUAAGCAACAUCCUAGAUCGCAGCAAGGGAAUUGGUCACGGAGCUUUCCACCCGAAACUGAACAGCAGUCACCGGUCAACCAAUUACCAUCCCCCGAAGAAGAGGCAGAAGCAUUUUUCGAAAAACCUGUUGAAGUGAUCAGUAAUGAAGAUACUGUAGAUCGGCCUUCCAAACCUGCCGACGUACCUAGAUACUCAGCUGCCGCAGGCAUAAACUGGCCUAGGGAUCACGAUGUAGUUCUCAGACAUGCUCAACACAGGACAACAGUUGGAUCGUCUCAUAUACCAACUUCUAUUUUAGACAACGUAUUAGACAAUUCCAAUCGAAAACAAUAUGGAACUGGAUGGAUCGGACGAGUGUUCGGGAAUUCGUAUCGAAAAUCUGUAGUGGGAGACGCAAGAAUUCAAGCUCAAAUCGAUGACAUGGACGAUAACAGACCGUUUUUUACGUACUGGGUAACGGCAGUCCAGAUAUUAGUACUAUUAAUAUCAAUAUUAUGUUAUGGUCUUGGACCAUUCGGAUUCAACUUACAAGCACGAUCUGGACAAGUGUUAGUCACGAGUUUAAGUCUGCAACAAGUCGAUUACAUGGAACCCGCUAAUUUUUGGAUCGGACCGAGGGCAGCAGAUUUAAUUCACUUAGGGGCAAAAUUUGCUCCAUGCAUGAGGUUGGACGAUAAAAUAAUGUUAGAAAUUGAAAAAAUUAGAAAGAAGGAGAAAGAGACAGCCUGCUGCAUUAGAAAUGAUGAUUCGGGAUGUGUGCAAUCAUCUCAGGCGGAUUGCUCGUUGAGGGGUCUAAGACCAACGAAAACAAUAUCAACAUGGAAGAAAUGGACAUCGGGCGAUACCGGUCCGGGAGGCAGAAUAUCUGGGUCGGUGUGCGGCCUGGAUCCAAAGUAUUGCGAUGCACCGCCGAGCGUACACCCUUACGAAUGGCCCGAUGAUAUUACAAAAUGGCCUAUUUGUAGGAAAACUAACACUCAAAUUUCGCAAUCUGUUGCCAAACGCGAUAAAGGAGGAACUAAAGACCGGUCCGCUGAACAUAUGGUAUGCGAAGUAAUCGGCCAUCCUUGCUGUUUAGGUAUUCAUGGCCAAUGUCAUAUAACCACUAGGGAGUACUGCGACUUUGUUCGAGGUACUUUUCACGAAGAAGCAUCGCUUUGUUCUCAAGUAUCUUGUUUAAACGACGUUUGUGGUAUGGUGGAUUUCUAUUUCCCAGAUACCCCAGAUCAAUUUUACCGGCUGUGGACGUCGCUGUUUCUUCACGCCGGUAUUCUACAACUUAUAAUUACCGUUGUGGUUCAGUACUUUUUAAUGCGGGAUUUAGAAAAACUGACUGGAUCUCUCAGAAUAGGAAUCAUUUAUAUUGGUUCCGGGGUGGCAGGAAAUCUAGCAAGUGCUAUUUUCGUUCCAUACAGGGCUGAUGUGGGUCCAGCUGGCUCCCAGUUUGGUCUACUAGCCUGCUUAAUCGUUGAAGUACUUAACUCUUGGAAGAUGUUGAAACAUCCUAAUCAAGCUCUCUGCAAACUACUAUCAAUAACUACAUUAUUAUUUUUUAUUGGGUUGUUGCCUUGGGUCGACAACUACGCUCAUUUAUUUGGGUUCAUGUUCGGCUUUCUACUGAGUUACGCGCUUUUGCCUUUUGUAUCUUUUGGGCCAUAUGACAAGCAGAAGAAAAUAUUCUUAAUAUGGGUUUGUCUUUUGACCGCUUUGAUACUUUUCAUUGUAUUAAUAUUAUUAUUUUAUAUUAUACCCGUUUACGACUGUAAAAUAUGUUCAUAUUUUAACUGUUUGCCGCUCACACGAGACUUUUGUGCUUCUCAAAAUAUCAAUUUUAAAAGAGAAGACAUAAAAGUAUGACAUCAAAUUCAACGGUAUUCUACCGUAUAUGUAAGUCUGGGUUCUUUGAUGGUAACUAAUAUUCAUUUUAAAAAUGCAUGUUUCGCCAAAAAAUAAAUUUAUAUUGUGUUUUUAUUGUUGAAUAUGAAACAAAUUAAUUUCUUCAAAAAAGUCUUCUCGGUAUUUUUGCCACUAGAAGAAAUUGUACAAUAAGAAUAGUUUGGGGGACCAAUUUGUCAAUAGGUAUUUUACUAAUAAAACAAAUUUAUCUAACGGACAAAAAAUAGUACAACAAUAUACAUGUAUUUAUUUUAACAGAUCGUUAACGGUUUUUAAUUGACGUUUUUGUUAAAAAAACUAAACUGUUCUUGAAUUGUACAGGGUGGGCCAAAUUGGACACUUUUAAAGGCAAACUCCCCUUUCUAAAGGAGAUAUAGAAAAACUAAUGGUAUCUGGAGCUCAAUUGUCAUCAAAAACAUAAUAGUAAAACCCGAACAUCUGUUACUGUUUUAGAUUUACAGGGUGUUUUUAAAAAAUGUGCAUUUUUAAAAACCGGUGGUAAUUGUUUUACUAUGGAAAAUUUUGUGUUCUAAUGAAAGUAUAUCCAAAUCACUUUUUUACAUAGAAUUUAAUGGUUUAAGUAUAAUUUUUUUUAGUUAACAAUUUUAGAGUUCCACGCAAAAAA